AUGCCUCGCAGGGGCCUGGACGCUCUGGUGUUCCCAGGGAAGUUCCUGGUCGACAAGAUCACCGGACUGAAGAAGCAACAGCAGGAACAGAGUCGAAGAAAAGUGACAGAGCGGGAACUUGCCCACCUGCACCACAAAAUCGAUAAACUUUUGGUUCGUCUGGAAGAACACGAGCCCGAGCAAGCCCAAACGCAAGAUGAAGAAUGCGCCAUUUGUAUCAGUGCCAAAGCAACCAUGCAAACAUUCCCUUGUGGCCAUCGUGUCGUCUGUCGAAAAUGCUUCGUUAAGACCAUCCAAAUGGCCGUGUCGCAACGACUUCUGCCCCUCCGUUGUGUCAUAUGCCGCGCCAAGAUACUCAGACUGAAGCAACUCUCUCCUAGCAACAAGAACAACAACAGCCAACAUGAUGUAUCUCCCAGUGUUGAUGGGCCAGCCAAUCUAGGGUUACUUCCAACAACAUACGCCAAUAAGCUUCCAGAUGCUAGCAAUAGCCAAGCCCUGAGACGCCAUGCUCGACGACCCUGUUUCGGCCACCCCUACGCUCUAACUAACGCGUCUUCAUUUUCUAGGUCGAAUUUUCGGCAGCGUAUAGCAGCCAGGUCUCCUCUUCUCUUACCCAUCCCUGAAACGGAAGAAUUGGAGUUGGUUAAUACUGUUCAAGAAAGAGAAGAAGUUUUAUGUCCCAAUUUUGGCAACGGAGAAGAUGACUGGACGGAGAAGGAUGACCUGAAAGCCGAACUUAGGGAAAAGAAUCCUUUGGCAAAAGUAGACCAUUACCAGGUAGUUAAGUGGUUGUCCAAGUUCCGUCGGCUUAAACCACCUUCCAUUCUUAAAGGCAUACGGAACAAAUGGAAAAAUAAAUAAAUGUAUUUGUAAUUCGUGUCUUUUACCAUCAUAUGCGCUUUGGUUAAUCGUACAGAGUUGUAUAUGAAAUUUUCCUUUCAUUGGAUUAAUUGAAGCAGUUACAUUAGAAGAGUAAGUCUGAGGAUUUGGAUGAAAAUAUAUCCUUAGUGCAAAUUUCGUCUCAUACAUCAUAAAUCAUUAAGUCUCAUCAUACUUAAAAAUUAAUUCUAAAUGCAUUUGAAAUUUAAAGUAGGCGAUGUGGAUGUGCCGGUUGGUUUCGUACCAAUUGCUUUUUUAGCCGUGAGACAAAAAGUAAAUGAAAAUCAGUGUCUGACCUAUUUAUUUUAAAUAACAGCGGGAUUAAUUAACGAUUUGAGCUGUCAUAUAUUAAAGCUUAGAAUGACAGCGAGAUAAUUCAAUUUUUCUCUAAACGUUUGGGCAUCAUUUUUUUAUGUCUUUUCCAUUCUUUAUUUCAGUAAAAUAAUAAAACGUAACAUUAAAUUUGUAAUGAACUGAAAGAUUGAAUUCAUAGUACCAUGCGGUUAUUUUAAAAAACACAAAAAAAAUUUUAAUAAGUUAUUAAUGAGAAAAUAUCAUUGAAAUGGAACAGCCACAAACGUAUGUAUUCAUAAUGAUUAUCAGACACUUUCUUUUAACGUUUCUCAUUAUAAAUAUUUUCCGUUUAAAGGUGUUGGCAACAAAUGAACUAUUGGUUUUCGAAACAUUUUUUCUACCUUGAAAUUGUCCCAAAAUUUAAUACUACUUUUUAUCAAGUUUUUAGUACAAUAAUGCAAUAUAGGUGUAAUAUAUGAAUCUGUAGCUUUUCAGGUAUGAGAUUACUAGAAACUUCAGUGUUUAAAAUGUAGUUGAAAAUAUUAUUUUUAUACAUUUUGCAAGGAGAUGUAAGAAUGCUGUAUAUUUAACAUUUAUAUCUUUAAAUACAAACGAUUGUCACAUCACGGCUUGCGUAAGAGUAUGCAAAUUUACUCGGUUACAGAUUUUUCUAAAACUUAUUAACUGCAUUUAAUAAAUGAUAAAAGACCUCUAGUCGUAAGAAAAACUGCAAUGAAUAAUUUUUAUACUACAUUUGCAUUUCUGUAAGUCUCCAUUUAAUGCAGUAAAUUGAUUUUUUAUGGAAAUUUCGAAUUUUUCUUUCAUCGAAUAAUUACGUGAUAAAUAAUAUUGCUAUAAAUUAGGUUAUGUUUAUAUUUAUGUACAUUAAGCAAUAAAUAAUCAAUGAUAGGAUGAUAAUAACAACUAUACUUUGACCGCCUCAUCCGCGACCAUGAGCGCCAAAGACGCAUGCGCCAUUCGGACCGAAUUAUUCUCGAAAUAGGGUGGAAGGAUGUGGACUUUCUUUACCUCCAGCAUAGCUCUUUCCGGAGAAGAGAAGACCUUUCACGCCUCAUCAAGUAAUACCGCCCCUUUUGGACGAGUCUAUGUGUUUUGGCAAAUAAAAUAACGAUACAUGCUUUCAGUAAAUUAAAAUUCUUUUCUAGUUUAAAUUAAAGGUUGCGCUUGAUACGGUCGAACUAUACGAACUAUUCGCAGAGAACGUAGAAACUAAUGUUUUAUUAGGAGUCAUUAUUUGAACAUAUACGCUGCAAGCAUUUUCAGAUAUUAAAGCCGCAAAUUCUGUAUUUCACAAUCUUAAGUUAUUAAACAAAUCUAUUUGCAUUUUAUUAUAAGUACUUUAAUUAAUUUUUAGGAACUUCUCUAAUGCUCUGUUUUAUUGUGUUUUCUGUCAUAAAUCUGCACACUUUGCUCCAGAACUGCAGCUGGACGUGAAUUGAGAUUCGUAACUGCUGCUCUUCUUCUAAAGUAUUUCCUAAAAGAUAAAUUGGUAGCUUAAAAAGUAAAUACUUUUAGAAUUUAAGGAUUUUUAAUAACCUAAAUAACUAUUCAGUUAUUGUAUUUAUUAACUUCGUACGAUUAUCCAAGGGAGGCUAGGCUUAGAUUCUUUCAGAACUUACAAACAAAAUAGUUAAUGAUAAGUGUCUGGGUCAUUAAAGUAAAAUAAAAAUUCACUGUAAAACUCUUUUGGAUCAUUUUAAAACUUUGUGAUUGACUUCGUUUGUUCUGUUCUUUCUUUUAAAAUUAACCUGGCUUUAAUUGGUAUGAUACCUGAGUUAUUUAACUUAUAACCAUAUAGUUAUAUAGUACCAUCGAAAAGAAUGAAUCCAAUGUUCAAGAUUUCAUCUUGCAUCACUACUUUCAAAUCAUUGUAUCUUUUUUCCCUCUGAAAAUUCGUUGAACAAGAUAAUGUUUUAUUUCCAUGCUAAUAUGUCAAUACCAUUUAAAGGUUGAAUUUCUUAAACUUUUAUUUCAUAUAAUAGUUUGAAGCAAUUUUUUAUGUAGUUUGUACAAACGACUGCACUAAUUUUAUUAUCUGCAAAAUAUUGAAUAUUAGAUCAGGACAAAUUCUUUUGGAAACAUUUCUUUUCAAAGAAAAAGAUAAAAUAUUUUCAAGGAAUAUUUUUUCGCAUUAUAUCAACUGAAAUGGUUAAAAAUAUAUAGCAAGGUACUUUUAAAAGUACCAGAUAGCUAUGACGUUGUUAAAUAUAUAUUUAAGUAUUAAUGCCAUUGUAUUAAUAAUAUCAAAGCUGACCUUUUUUUAAAUAUAAUAAUAAUCAUAAUAAACUAUUAAACUAUGAAUGAACAUGACUGAAUUUUUAAUUUUGCGAAGCUGAAAAACCAAGCCUGUUUCACUACCUUCAUUUAUAUUAGGCUAUGAGAAAAAUCCUUUGAAAAAAUGAUGUUUAAGGAAUCUCCUCAAAUUAAAUAAUAAACACCGAAACGAAGUAAAGGUAACCAAUAAUAAAAAUUACAACUCUUCAUAUAAUAAUAAAAUUGCUUUUAUUUGUGUUUUUUCAUUUAUGAAUUCAAAAUGUUUAUGAUUUCAGUUUAUGAAGUUCUAGAGCACUAACGUUUCUAAGACUAGCCUAAUGACCAAUGGCGAACAAACUUGUAUGUAUUUCUGAAACGCCAAACGUGAAUUUGUGAGGAUAGAUACUGAGAAAAGCAUUUUAUUUUCAUCUCGAACUAUUUAAAUUUUUUUAAAUAACGAUACAUGCUUUCAGUAAAUUAAAAUUCUUUUCUAGUUUAAAUUACAUGAAUCUUGCAUAACUUAGAAUAAAAUAAUCAACAACUGUUACUUAAAAUUUAAUGUUGUUUUUAGAGCCGUUAAAGUAAUCUAUUGCAAUAAAACAAAUUGUUUACGCCUGAAAUUCUAAUAUAUAUAUAUACGUAAAAAAUAAUCUGACAGGUUUCAGAUUUUAACCGUCAGCUAAAAGGAUUCGUUAAGAUUGUUAUGCUCUCGCUGAGUUCGCAGUCUAUUAGAUUGCUCUUACACUCACUCCUGCUAACCCAUUUGGUUUUGUCUUUUUAACUUUAUUACUAACCCUUGUUUUCUUUUUGCACUUAUGCCGCAUAUAGUUCAACAACAAAAUUAAAAAAAAAAAAAAAAAAAAAAAAA